GGAGAACGUCAACAAGAGCAGACAUGUCUUUGAGUUGUUCCUGUCAUAUGUCAAAACAUUGCUGUCAGACGGAGAAUUUAAUACCGACAUUGCCCUUUUUUGUGCCGUAAUAGGAUAAGCCCUGUGCUUCAGUGAAAGUUGGCUGUGUACACAGGAGGCUCCUUAGGCCAUCACUCAGAAAUGGCGAGCCAGCCACCUUCCGUACCCCUAAGGGAAUUCUGUCCCCUCUACUACCUACUCAAUGCCAUCCCUGCAAAAGUCCAAAAAGGCUUCCGUUCGGUUCUGGUCUACCUCACAGCUUUGGACAGCAACAGUGACUACAUAGCUGUGGGAAGCAGUAUUGGAAUGCUGUAUCUUUACUGCAGACGAGUGAGCCAGAUGAACAAAUACAACUUGGAGGGAAAAUGUGAGGCUAUCACUGUAGUGAAGCUGCUAAGCUGCUUUGAUGAUCUGGUGGCAGUCGGUACGGCAUCUGGCAGAGUUGCUCUCUUUCAGCUGGUGUCACAGCUGCCAGGCAGGAAUAAACAGCUGAGACGGUUUGAUGUUGUGGGCCUGCACAAGAGCACAGUGACAGCUUUAGCAUGGAGUGCCAAUGGCAUGAAGCUCUUCUCUGGCGAUGACAAAGGGAAAGUGGUAUAUUCUGCUGUGGACCUGGACCAGGGUGUGUGUAACCCUGUGGUGGUACUGGAGGAGCCCUCAGCUAUAGUUCAGCUGGAGUAUAGUCAGAAAGUACUUCUGGUUUCUACCUGUCAGCGCUCUCUCCUUUUCUACACCCAAGAGCAGUGUCUACAGCAGCUGGGCACCAAACCAAGAAAAAGCAAUGGAAAGUUCGGUGCUUGCUUUCAGCCUGGCCUGUGUAAGCAAAGUGACCUGCUGGUGUAUGCGGCUCGGCCCGGCUUGCGCCUCUGGAGGACAGAUGUCCGUGGCCGUGUACAGGAGACACAUGUCCUCAAACCCCUCUUCAACCAGGAUGUGCCUCAGUUUGAGCUGUUCCCCCGCUCGGGCCCCACUGGUGCCUACCGGCCUGCAGAAAGGCAGCUGGGGUUGGUCAGCUGUUUCCUGAAGGAGGGCUGGGUGCUUAGCUGGAAUGAGUACAGCGUUUAUAUAUUGGAUUGCACCAAUCAGGUCAUUAUUGGUGGUCUGGAAAGCUGUGGAGACAUAGUGUCUGUGUCAUGUUCAGAAAAUGAAAUCUUCAUUUUGAAAGGAGAUCGAGACAUUAUGCGGAUUUCCAACUGCCCUGAGGGACUCCUCUCCAACAUGUCAGACCUCUCUUUCCGCCUGACCUCCCCUCUUUCCACACCCACCAUCCUGCUUCCUCCAAAUGGCGCUGUGGAGACAGCGCAACCAAUCAGGACCAUGCCCAUUAUAGUGGAACGAGAGUCCGACCCUAGUCCUGUGGAGCGGACUGAGGUGGAGGACUCAGAGGAGGUACAGGAGGAGUUCAGUCAAGCACUGGAGGCACUGGAGGUGGCUGAGGAGGUGGAGAGCCAGCAGAGGAUCUCCCUUGACAUUCGGAGCCGCAGUAGCUCUGUCACCUCUUGGGAAAGCACUCAGGGUGCCUUCACAGCCAGCACCCCAGCUACGGAGGCCUCAGCAUCCGAGCUGUCUUCCAGCCGCUACAGUGCCAUCACCCAGGAGGACUUUCAGCAGGAGCUGGUGGUCAAGCAAGUCAAGCUGAAAAAGAAGGGCAAGAGGAGAAGGCAAGAGAGUGGUAAUCGUGUGAACGAGCGUAGCAGCUGGUCAGAAGGCAUGUUCAGCCAGGAUGGUACGGCCAGCGAUGCCCUGCAGACACCAGUGAGCGAGCCACCCUCGGACCGCACCAGCCUCCUAUGCAGCAGUCUGGACCUCCACAGCAAUGACUCACCUGACCAGGAUGGUUCAAUCUGUGGAGAGCCCUUCAUGUCCCAGAACCUUUCAAAUCUUUCUCAGAGGCAGAAUGAGAACCAAGACCAAGAGCAUAGUCAGAGCCCUGUUAGCCAAGAACCGGACACUCAACCCUCUUUCCCAACAUGUCUCCCUCUACAAGAUAUGGAAUGUCAGGUUUAUGGUGACCCUGCGGAUGCAUUUGUACAGAGUGAACCACAAAUGACUGCUACUCCGGAUGUGGACAUGCUCCUGGAGUGCACAUUCUCGUACGUGCAGACAGCCGAGGAGAAGUCAGUGAUGAAGGAGACAGCUGAUGACGGUCUUGAACUGCUGCGUGAUUUAGAGAUCCAGUCCAAAGAGCAUUUAGACAAAGACUUUGACUUUGACUUGGACUUACCAUAUGACCCAAUUAGGCCUCUGGCCUCUUCACCAGAACCAGAGCCUGAGCCAUCGCCCUCUAGUGAUGAGGAGGACAUAUAUGCGCAUGGCAUGCCAUCCAGUACUAGUCUAAGUGAUGGACUCAGCGCUCUGAGCCUUCAAGGUUAUUCGUCUAAUCAGAUAGAGCAGGAUGAGACACGACUCCACAAAGCAGACCUGCUGGCUGAGAGCUGGAUGGGCUACAGCGGGCCAGGCAGUGGCAUUCACAGCCUAAUGGUGACUGACCGGCAUGUGUGGUGCUUGGACUUUAAAGGAGGUCUGUACUGCAGCGGACUCCCCAAUGGCAGCCUGAGUUGGCAGAAGUUUGAGGAGAACGUCCAGCAGGUGGCGCUGUCCCCUUCAGGCUCUUUGCUGUGGAAGGUGGAACAGAAGACCAUGACAGCCUAUGCCUGCGGUAAAGUCACCAUCAAAGGCAAGAGGCACUGGUACAAAGCCCUGGAUGAGACAGCCUUUGUGGCACUCAGUGACGACACAGCCUGGAUCAUCCGCACUAGUGGAGACCUUUAUCUCCAGACAGGGCUCAGUGUGGACAGACCAUGUGCACGGGCGGUAAAAGUGGACUGCCCCUGCCCCAUGGCUCAGAUGGCGGCACAGGGCAGCGUUGUGUGGGCACUCAGUGAGCAGAGGGCUUUGUUCUACAGAGAGGGCCUCAGCAGCUACUGUGCAGAAGGGGAGCAGUGGAAGUACGACAAAGUCAGUGAGAAUCAGGGUCUGGAGCCCAUCUGUAUUGCUUUGGGUGAGAACAACACACUAUGGGCUUUGGACACCAGCGGCAGCCUGUGGUUCAGAACCGGGAUCACACCAAAGAAGCCUCAGGGCGAGGAUGAGCACUGGUGGCAGGUGAACAUCACGGACUAUGUGGUGUUCGAACAGGGUGGCCUGUUCCAGACAUUGAUCCAGGCUACACAAAGCGUUGCUACAGCCACAAAGGCCCCUGUGGAGCGGGUGGCUGAGCGGCUGCGUGUGGCCUUCCUCUCGCAGCAUUCCCAGUGCCAGCCCAGCCUGGUCAGUGCCAACAGCAGCGGGGUGUGGAUCGCCUCGGGACGCAAUGACUUCCAUGUAGCCAAGGGCAGCCUUGUCGGGACAUAUUGGAGGACUGUCGUGCCUAGAGGAACAGCAUCUGCUACUAAAUGGGCCUUUGUGUUUUCCUCAGCCGUUCCAAGCAAAGAGGGGAGUUUACUGUGGCUGGGUCAGAGCAGGAAAGACCUGUUCUGCGUUUGGGACCAAGACCUCCAGAUGCGGCCCCUCACUAUCCAGCUCCCCCCAGAUGUGGAGAUGAUCCAGCUCUCUGCCUGCCGGGACGCUCUAUGGGGCCUGGAUCAUCAUGGCCGUGUCCAUAUUCGCACGUUGUCAGCCAGCUGUCCCACUGGCAUGCACUGGACACCCCUGGACCUCAGCCAGCUUGGGCACGUGAGGCUUCUGAGUUUUUCCUGCGGGAGUCAGAACGUGUGGGCGUGUGAUGCCAAUGGCUUGGUGUAUUUCCGAGUGGGAACGCAACCUCUAAACCCCAGCAUGAUGCUCCCAGCCUGGAUCUGCAUUGAGCCCCCUGAGCAGCCUGUUGGUGUGCACUUGGUGAGGAUUCAGACCAGUCCUAAUGACCGCAUGCUGUGGGCUUUAGACAGCCGGGGUAACGUACAUGUGCGCACCGGCAUCACUGAUGAGAUGCCAGUAGGAACAGCCUGGGAGCACAUUCCCGGGCUGCAAGCCAGUCAGCUGGUGCUAAGCACAAGAACUGCCUGGGUGCGCUGUCCUAAUGGCGAGGUGGCCAGGCGAUAUGGAAUUUCAGAAAAGAACCCAGCUGGGGACUACUGGAAAAAGAUUCCAGGUCUGGUCAACUGGCUAGCCGUGACUCCCAUGGAUGAGCUAUGGGCUGUUACCCCUGCUGGUGUUCUUACACAGCGGCUCACAAAGACCCUACCGCACAACGCUGGCAAAAACUAUGGCAACACAGGCUCUCUCAGUGGGGAGGAGCUUGAAGAGGAGUGGGAGGUGAUUUAGACACUUUGAUUGAAACAAUUCAGUAUUAACUGUUCUUGUAAAAAAAAAAAAAAAACAGUUCAGUUUUGUUUGCUAGUGGGCACUUUACUCUUUUUGUUUUUAACCUGUGUACAGAAGCAAAGGGAUCGAGUGCAUGGAGUUGUACAGUGCUGUAAAACUUUGGAAAGUUGAAUUUAGCAAAACAGGCUCAACAGGGUCAGUUGUUUUACUGUCUCAGUGCACCUUGUGACCAGACUUUUUGUUUCAUUAGCUUGUUUGCACCAAACCCCUAUUUAUUUUUUUAAUGUAAACUAGCAAGAUUCAUUUUGUUUAUGUUUUUCAAGAUACUGAAAAGGCCUGGUUGGUACCCCAGUGCACUUAGUGAAAAGUUUAAUGUGAGUUAUUAUCUACUGAAUUUUAUCUGUCACAACCAGGAUCCAUGUUUACUAAAUGUGUCACAGUAAGGUUGCUUAUCUAGAAUCAGAUUUGGUUGCCAACAUGUAUUUGUUAUAAGGUCAGAGACAAAAAUGAUUCAAGAUGAGCACUCUUAUCUGAGAAGCUGGUAUAUAUGGCUCCUGGUUUACAUUAGAAGAUAUUUGCAAAGCAAGGCUGUUUAAGGGAUUCAGACUAAAAUCUGGCCUUUAACGAAGGUAGGGAAAGCGGGGUUGUUUGUAAAUAACACUAGUUAAAUACUUGAUUUGAGUGAAGUCAUGUUAGUGUUUGGCACAUAUCUGCACUUGUGUCAAAUAGAGAGCAUGGUCUUUUACCUCCAUGUUCACCCAGAUAGCGUUAUAAAUUGGAGUUUGUAUGGUAGUAUGAAACUGACAAGAACGGUUCAACUCUUACAUUGUAAAAAGAUAAGUUUGCUAUCAUAUGAUUUAAAAAAAAAAUGAAAACAGUUACAAUAUAUCUGCAGCUUUCAGAGAAUGCGCUUACGCGAAACAGUUACAGCACAUGAGGCCUUGUUCACGUCCCGGAACAUGCCAUCCUGAAUUCAGUGAAUUGAUGAUCCACAGCCUGCAUAGCAACCGGAGACGUCACCAUGGUGCUCAGAGAACCACCUAGCUAAAUACGUUUACAAUAGCAAGUAAGAUGAGCUAACCCAUCCACUGACUACAGCCUCUCCUGUGGAUACAAAGUCAAAACAGAAACAGGAUCAGCUUUGGAAUAAAGCUUAAGCUAAAGCCAUGUUAACACAGAAGCAAAAUCACUGGGGUCUUUGGUCAUUUGUACUAACUUGAUCAUCUUUGGUGUGCCAUUCUGACAAGACUGAUGUCUGGAUAUGACUGGAUAUGUCUAUCAAACGCUCACCUGCCACGAGAAACCUUGUAGAUCCACCUUGCUGGUGUACAGAGACUGUGGCCAAUCUGCUGUACUGCAUAAUCUUUGUCAGCUUCUAGUCCUUCAUCAGUGACCACAGAUUUUUGAAUGAUGGACUGUUUAACUUAAUAAUAAUAAUAAUAAUAAUAUCUGUUCAACAUUGGUCAUGUGGUAAGAAACUACAUGCAGCAUUAUGUAACUGUAUUACUGUAUUGUGGACCUGUAACAUAGGUGGACCAAAUAAAGUGUCAAGUGGAAGUACACUGGGUUUCUAAUGAAGUACAGGGUGAGUUUGUAAAUGAAGUUUACUGUAGUGUUCAUACAUGAUUAUAAUGUCAGGGAAUUUUUGUUGUUCUUUCAAUAUUAUUACCACUGACAUUGAUAAAUAUUCACCCAAGAAAUGUCCACACGAAACCGUUCACACAGGACUGUCUGAACAUGAUCAACAUUGGUAAUAAGAACAGAGAACCCCAGUAAUUUUAAUCCUAUAUGAAUAGGACUUAAAGGGAAAUUCCACUGAAGUUUUUGUGUAAUUUAAUCGUUGACAUGUAAACAAAAUUCUCCAGAGUGGUUUGAGAAACUGAGAAACUUGCAAAGUAAUGUUUUCUUUACAGUGGUGGUGAUGGUGGUGGUGAAGAUCACAUAAAUAUAUUGAUUUUAUUUAAUAUCUGAAACAACCAGCGAAUCUGCACAGCUUGAAAGUUUUAUUCUGUGAUGUUGAUGCUGGUAAAAUAGUGUAAAUGUGAAGAUGACACGUUCCUUAAAGGGCCCAUAUCCUACAUUUUUCUUGAUUUUUUUCCAACUAAAGUUCACGUAUGACGUGUUUUUAUUUACCACCACAGUCUUGACCAUGACAAUUUUCCAACAUCUACAUAUUUGUAACCAUGUUCAUGUAAUAAAGUUCUGUGAGGAAGCUUUUAGAGGCAUAAAUUACCUUGGAUGUCUGGUUCCUAUCAACACCAAUGUGAACAAAUUUGACUUCACGUUUCUCUACAAUCAAAUCGCGGUCAAUGACUGUCUACAUCUCAACCCUUUACUUAUACAAAUCUUGGUGAUAUUUCCUUUUAAGACAUGCUUACAUAGAUAUUCAUGUACCUGCUGUUUGUCAGUUUAAGCAACAUCUGUGCAGGACAGUAGAAAGGGGAUGGAGAGGGGCAUUUUUUGGCUCUUUUCUUCAUAUAUUCUGUUCAGUAAUUUGGUUCAUUUUUUGCAGUAGGCGUAUUAGUGCUAUUGAAAGUCUUUGACUCCACACUUUUAAGCUGCUUUGUUGACAGAAGCUGUCAUAGUCUGUUUUCAGUGAACUGUAUUUUAAUGCUAAUGCAUUUUUCAUGUAACUCGGUAUAGAGAAUGCAUCUUAUUAAUGAAUGAAUAAGUGUAUCGUAGCUAAUUUAAUAUGAGGCCAAAAUAAUGGUCUGACAUUUGAUAAUCUGCCCUUUUCUUCCAAGCCUCUGACUUUGACUCAUCUGUGAACUCCCCUUUAUGUAUUGGACUACAAACACCUCAGAAAUGUCAUUAUGCAAUUAGCAAGUAGAAAUGAUCAUACCAGUGUACUGAUUUCUUUUGUUCACUGUUGUUUUUUUCCUUUUACAUGUGAAACUUUGCCUUUAAUUUAGUAAUUCAGGGGGUUACCCUGCUCCUCUUCUCUGACCACAAUACUGUUGCUGACAGUAAAACAGUAAGCUCUUUUGGACUUGCCUCAGAGCAGCGACACUACGUCUGUGUGAUUUGCCUGAUAUCAUUAACCAUGCUUUUACAUCAGUGUAUUUAUUUCAUGCAUAGUCUAUACAAAACUUCCAAAAUAAAAAGUUUACAACAAA